AUGCUGAAGAAGUUCAACAUGGAAGAUUGCAAGUCUGUGAGUACUCCAAUGAUGACAAGUUGCAAGCUUAGCAAAGAUGAUGAUUCUCCUGUAGUUGACCAUACCAUGUACAGGUCUAUGAUUGGUAGGCUAUUAUAUCUCACUACUUCCAGGCCAGAUAUUCAUCAAGCUGUAUAUAUGGUGGCUACAUUCCAAGCUGGUCCAAAGGAAACACAUGUUGCAGCUGUGAAGAGAAUUCUCAGAUAUUUAAAAGGAAGUAUGGACUUUGGCCUGUGGUAUCCCAAGAAGAAAGGAUUUGAGUUGACAGCCUACUCAAAUGCAAAUUGGGCACGUUGUGUCGAUGACAGGAAAACCACUAGUGGAGGUGCAUUUUAUCUUGGAGAAAGUUUAGUCACAUGGCAUAGCAAAAAGUAA